AUUGGAUCUGAAUUGCGUCGCUGUUCAGAGCUGCGUCUCUCUCAGCGAUAUUGACUAUAAGAGCGAGGGACGUCUCUAGGAUGGUCAUCCAGUAGUCACUUGAGCUACUUUUUGAAACAGCAUUUUCCAUUAUAUGAAAUGGACCAUGCUGAAUGUGAUUGCUUGAUACUCCAAGACGUUCAAUCCCCUAGCUCCGAUUCAGUACAUGUCUACCAAAAAUUGAAAUUAAGAGAAAGCUCAUCUUCUUGCCUGAACCAGUCGACUGAGAAUUCAGUAUCAAUAAUAUCUACGACGAAGACAAGCAAGCACUUGAAACUAUAUACUAUAAUAUUAAUAAUAUUGUUCUCAAAGUUAUUGUAUCAUACUUUUUUGUCGCUCGACAUUCCCAGCUAUUUUCAACUACUAAAUUUACCCUACCUCCGCAAGAUUACGCAAAGUCCAUAUUUGAAUUUCGAAUGCUUAAGAUCUCACAAGCUAACAGGCCAAAAUUGGGCCAGUUUCCUCGUAUUGAAUGAAGAGGUUCCAGCUCAUAAAACGUUUUUGGCUGAACUUUCUACAAAUGAAUUCUUUCUAUACGCAACACGAUAUUUCCUGUUUGUAAUGAACGAUUCAUUAUCACUCUAUCGUUAUCUAAUAUUUUGCAAGACUUCCAAGAUAUUUUUGUCAAUUGGAUGCCUCCUUUAUCCUCUGGCAUGUUUAUGUAACGAACCAGUUUACAAAUAUUUUUACGACCAUGUUGAGAAUAGAGGCGCCUAUCAACUUCCUUUGUGGUUUUGCACAAUUGGGAAAAGUGGAUUCAAGCGCAUUCGAUUCUUUAUGACUAUAAUUUGCUUAUCACCCUUGUCUCUCUGUUUACCAAUUUACCAGAAAACCAACUUCGUUUUGAUUAUCAGCUCUAUUUGGAUGUCGCUUUUCAAACAUACAGUCAAAAAAAUUACCAGUUGCCUUCGCGUUAAAUUUGCGCAUCGCCCUCCCAAUACUAUGUUUUCGAAGAAUGCAUGUUAUAAUGGGUUCCCGUCAGGUCAUGUCUCGCAGGUGGUUAUGGGAGUAGCUGUAGUUAGCUCACUAUGGAAUAUUCAUAGUCUACUAGGCUACAUACUUAGUCUACAGCUUUUGGUUACAGUUAUUUGGAUUAUAAUGUCUAAUCGGCAUUAUGUUUCACAGGUUUUCGCAGGAAGCAUCAUGGGCCUCAUUUUUGCAUUUGGCACCAUUGAGUGGUUAGGAAAGAUGUACAAAAAUAUUUUAUAA